AACGUGCGUCAGGAACAGCACCCAUGUCACGUGUUUUGUGUUUAAAUCUCCUAGCGGGUUCUCCUUCUUCGUGACUGGAUUAGCCGUCAAAAUAUUACUGAUAAGCAGGUAAACAUUAACUCAAACGCGUGUAAAGGUGACGAAAAAUUGUAGCCCACUAGGAAAGAUGGCGACGACGUGUCCUGCGUGGUCUCGACGGCAACUGUUAAGGACUUUUGUCAACUGGCACCAAGCGACACGGUGGUUUUCUGAGAAUGGCGACAAAGGCUGGUUCCGUUCCCUUUUUGUUCACAAAGUGGAUGCCAGAAAAGAUGCCCACUCCAACCUGCUGUCAAAGAGGGAAACCAGCAACCUCUACAAAAUCCAAUUUCAUAACGUGAAACCCGAGUGCCUGGAAGCUUACAACAGUCUUGAGGCUGAGGUGCAGAGUAAACUCCACAAUGAUGAAGAUUAUCCAUGUGAGGUGGUGGGGAGUUGGAAUACUUGGUAUGGAGAACAGGAUCAAGCCGUGCACCUUUGGCGAUAUAGAGGGGGGUAUCCAGCUUUGACUGAAUGCCUUGAAAAGUUGAAGAAGAACAAGGAGUACUUGGAUUUUCGGAAGGAACGGGCAAAGAUGCUGAUCUCAAGACGGAAUCAGCUUUUAUUGGAAUUCAGCUUCUGGAAUGAACCUCUGCCGAGACCUGGUCCCAAUGUCUAUGAAAUGAGAACAUAUAACUUAAAGCCAGGGACCAUGCUUGAAUGGGGCAACCACUGGGCAAGGGCCAUCAAACACAGACAGGAGAACAACGAAGCAGUGGGAGGGUUCUUCUCUCAGAUUGGUGACCUUUAUGUAGUUCAUCAUUUGUGGGCCUAUGAAAAUUUACAGUCACGAGAAGAGACUAGGAAUUCAGCCUGGCAAAAAGAAGGAUGGGAUGCAACUGUCUAUUACACUGUACCUUUGAUCAGAAGCAUGGAGUCUAGAAUAAUGAUCCCCACCAAGUAUUCACCUUUGCAAUAAAACAGCGUCUGCAAAACAACC